AUGGAAAAAUUAGAUUUAAUUCAAUCGAAUCAAGUUCGAAUCCUUUAUUAUCAAAAUCCAAGUCGAUUUUAUGUUUAUCUUCGACAAAAGAUUCAUACUCAUGCACAAUUUCAAGUUGAAUUACAACGUACUAUGCAAAAUUAUCAAUCAAUAACGUCAUCUACACAAUAUGUACGUUAUCAACCUGUUGUUGCACAAGAUAAUCAUGCAAUAUGGCAUCGUGCUACUAUAUUAGAUUUUAAUUCUAAUAGAACUGAAGUUUGUGUUUAUUUUGUUGAUGUUGGUCAACAAGAAAAUAUUUCUAUAACAAAUAUUCGUCCAUUACCACAAGAAUUUAUUCGUCAACCAGCAUUUGCAAUACCAUGUCGUUUAUAUCAAAUAUGUCUACUUAAUGGUAAUGAACAAUCAAUAUGGAAAUUAGAUGAUCCAGUACAUGAUGAAUUUAAUCGACUUAUGGCUAAUAAUGCUAGUUGUAAAGUUUGUGAUCUUAAAGAAAAAAUAUGUUAUGAUGUUGAAAUUGAAAUUCCUCAAGUGGGAGAUCUUGGAACAUAUCUUUUUGGAAAAAAUCUUGUUUCACGAAUAACAAUGCGAUCAUCUCAAUCAACAACUUAUAAUACAAAUCAAAUGCAACAACAACAACAACAACAAACAUUUGAUCGAAUACCACCUGGUUUUUCAGCAAUCUCUUCAUCAACACGACAACAACCACAAUCACAACCACAUAGGUUAACAUUGCAAAAUGAAUUUUAUAAUAAUGCAACCAGUGCAAUUCAACAACGACCACUAACUCGUCCAUUACAAAAACCAAUUGUUCAACAAUCUCCUAGUGCACCAACAUCGACUGAUUCAUCAUCAUCAUCUGAAAUUCAAACUCUGCCACCUCAGGAUGGUUAUUAUACAAUAACUCAUGUUUAUAGUGCUAUUGAAUUUUAUGGUCAUUCUCAAGGUCGUGAAAAAGAAUUAGAUGCAUUCUAUAAACAUCUUGAAGAUAUAUAUAAUAAUAAUACAAAUGAUCAAUCAUUAAGUGUACAUUUUUUUAUGGAAGGUAUACCAUGUGUUAUUCAACAAGGUGAUAAAUAUCAUCGUGUUAUAAUUAAACAUCGUGAAAGUGAAUCACGUGUAUUAGUUACACUUAUUGAUCGUGGUGAUGAAAUUAUUGUUGAUACAUCAGAAUUAUUAAAACUUGAAAAAAAAAAUUUUACAAUACCAGCAUUUGCACAACCAUUUCGUUUAUUUAAUUAUGAUGAAUCACAUAGUACAGCUAAUAUAACACGUAAAUUAAAAAGAUUAAUUCUUAAUCAACGUGUUCAUAUAACACAACAUUUACCAAUGAUAAAUGGAUUUUAUCCAGUUGAAGUUAAAUUACCUGAUAAUCAAUUAGUUAAUCAAAUUCUUCUUGUAAAUGAUAAUAAUCCAAUUUUUUCACCACCGAUGAAAUCUUCUGAAUUACAAUCAAUACAAAUUCAACAAGAUAUAAAUACACAACGGAUCAAUGAUGAUUUACCAGCACCACAAAAAUUAUUAACAGCAACAACAAUAUCUGGACGUACACAACCAGGUCGUUUUACAGCAAAAUCUCCUGUUAGAAAUGAAUCGACAUCACGUUUUUCACGAUCCGAACAACAACAAGAUGAAUCACGUUCAUUUGGACAACAAACACAAACAUUUACAUCGAGAACAACAAAUGGAUUUCAACAAUUAAUGAAUGAUCAAAGUCGUUCAACUAGUCGUGGAUUUUCUACUGAUGAACAACAAACAAAUCAAAGAAAUGGAUUUGGAAAUAAUCGUGGAGGUGGUUUUGGUGAUCGAGGAGGUCGUAAUGGUUUUAUUGAACGAAAUUUUGAUAAUAAAAAUGAAAAUGGUAUGCAACGAACAGGAGGAUUUAAUAAUCGUACCGGUGGUUUUAAUGAACGAGGGUUUCGCAAUGAAGGUUUUCAUAAUCAAGAUGAAGAUAAUAAUGAAAAUAAUAGUACACAACGAUUUGGUAAUCGUGGUGGAUUUAGUGGAGAACGAGGAAGUCGAGGUGGUGGAUUUCAAACUUAUCAUGAUAAAGAAAAUAGUGGAGAUAACGGACGAAGAGGUGGUCGUGGUGGUCCAAGAGGAGGAGGUCGAGGUGGUUUUGGUGAUCGUGGCGGUUUUGGUGAUCGUGGCGAUCGAGGUGGUUUUGGUGAUCGUGGCGGUCGAGGUGGUUUUAGUGAUCGUGGCGGUCGAGGUGGUUUUGGUGAUCGUGGCGGUCGAGGUGGUUUUGGAGAUCGUGGUGGUCGAGGCGGAGGUCGUGGUGGACGUACGGGUGGUUUUGAAGAUCGUAGUGAUAAUGAUUUUCAAUCAAAUACUGAUAAUAAUGAACCGAUAAAAACAUUUAGUGGUUGGCCAAAUGUAAAAUCUCCAAUAAAAUCUUUUGAAGUUGGCGAUCAUUUUGUUGAAAAUGAAAUUCCUCAAGAUACAUUUCAAUUUGU